AUCGUGAUCAUUUCAAAGGAAAUCAGCUGAAAGACCUGAGGGUGGCUUGAUGUCUUGUAUGAUGAUUACGCCUUGACAAUUAUCAAACAACGAUACAAUGUGAAAUUUUGUUCCCAUGGUAAAUGAUUCUUUGUCCUAAACCUCGGUUUAUCAAAUGACAUUGAAGCUAAUGACAAUGAACAAUCGUGAAAUAAUGUCUCGGUUUAGUUCUUAGAUCUGAUCUUUUGGAUUCGAGCUAGAAUUUUGAUUAGCGCUUAAGAGAUGAUCACCUCAGCGCUUUAUUUCAUAAUUGACUUGGUGUAACUAAUUCGCAUAUGAUGAGGCAAAAACUUACUUUUUAAAUUAUGUCGACAGUAGAACUAUAAAAGGGAUUGGCUUCAUGCGAUAUGGAUGAGAAUAUCUUUAUAAAACUACGAAUCAAGCAAAACAUUUUGCCCGAGAGGUGCAUAUCCACGAACAUUGUCUAACACAGGUCAGUCACUAUUGUCAACAGUCUAUAAGCUCAACAUUACAAGAAAGAGCACCAGAACCAAGAGCUUCACAACUAAAGGAUGAAAGUCACCCGAGAUAGGAAUUGCUACUUUUUGAUGUUCCUGUUCUGCCAAAUAUUACGCGUGUCUCUGCAAUGUGGACCUGGGCCAUCAGCAUCACGCAGAAGCAAAAGGUUGAAGCCCAUGACAUUGUACCAACGGCUUCCCGAUGUGGACGAAGAUUCUAUCAGCGGCAGUGGGAUGUUCCGUAGAAUAGUGACAGAUGAAAGCAAAGAAUACAAGGAAUUGGUGAAAAAUUACAACAAAGACAUUGUGUUUGAAAGUGGUGAAGGAAAGAGGAUUAUGACGAAGCGUUGCCGUGAGAAGAUUGACGUACUGGCAAAGCUUGUAAAACAUCAAUGGCCUAAUGUAAAGUUACGAGUGAUUGAAGCUUACGACAAAUACGGACAACAUCCACCAAAUUCACUUCAUUACGAGGCAAGAGCAGUAGAUAUCACGACAUCAGACAGAGACAAAUCAAAGAUUGGUAGUCUUGGCGCGCUGGCAUACCGAGCAGGCUUUGAUUGGGUGUACUAUGAGUCACAUUCAUAUAUUCAUGCCUCCGUAGUCGCUGAGAAUGAAGUGAGUCUAAAGCAAGCAGAUUGCUUCCCUGGCUCAUCAAAAGUAGAGACUUUGCAACGUGGUCAAGUCAGCCUCGAAGACUUACGAACUGGAGACGACGUGUUAACUUUUACGAUUCUCAACGAUCAAUAUAUUCAAAAGUAUACAAAAGUUUUAGGAUUCCUAGAUAAAGUAAAAGAAAUACGUCAGAAGUAUUACACGUUCGAAACAAGCAACGGGGCCAAAUUCGCAGCGACAAAGUCACACCUGGUCUUCAAAGUGAAGGAUGAGGUUCAACUUAACUGUACGGUGUAUAACAACUUUGGAAACCAAAGACAGUCAUCGAGGCCCAGCCAGGUUACAACUUCUUAUUUUCACAAGAGUCUUGGGAUAUAUCGAUUUUUACAGUUUUCGGAAAGUGAAACAUUGCAAUUCCACCAACAGCCUUUGAUUUAUGAUUCAGCAGAACAAUUAAACAGGAAAGAAAAUACUAAAUUUGCAGGAUUGUUGAGGAUUGGAGAAAGUCUACUUACCAAAGACCAAAAAGCCGUUCGAAGAGACACUAUACGCGUCAUUUCUCAGAAUAUAAUGCAAGGAGCAUAUGCACCGCUGACAGAAGAAGGAAGUUUAAUUGUUGAUGGAGUAUGGGUAUCGAGCUACGCAAAAAUUCGCGAUCCGCGAAAAGCUCAUUAUGCCUUUGCCCCAUUUAGAACUUGGUGCAAAUUUGCGCCGCUAUGCACGUGGGAAGAACUGUUGAACUUGUAUGUAGAUGGUCUGAAAUGGUUAAAUAGAAUAUUAGGCAUUGUUGAUCUUUAUUAAACUUAAUCAUUCCUGUAAAAUGGGCUUAAAAAGUAGCAUGUAUUUGUCUCUAGACUUUGAUAGAGAAACGUAUUUAAAUCCACUUAAUAGAGGACAGUAUUGGCACUGCAAUGUGUAAAGAUAGAUUUAAUUUUAUAUCGGACAUUCCUUUGAACUAGUUUAUGUCUCUUACUCUGCUCCUUACUGUCUUCACAAGUAUCUUUGAAAAGAAAAAAAUUGUUGAAAACUUCAUGACAUAUUUAUUGAGUUAAAUUUCAUACGCAAAUAAGCCUCCAGAACAACUAAAUUGGAAUAUAGCACGGAAAAGAUGAAAAAUAGCAUACUUAAGUAAUUUUUGUCUGACACUCGUUAGAGUACUAAUAUACGUCUUUCUGACUAAAGGUAAGAUGGAAGUUAUAUCCAGGUGAGGAUCGAAUAUAGGCGAGAGGAAGAUUAACCCUUCUGAUUGGUUCCUUAUUGUCCACCAAUCGGCGAGCGUUUGUAAUAGGGUUAUUUGGCAAACGAAAGUAUCCACCCUAUCGUGAUCGUCGAGAAUAAAUGGUUCUUCCAUCCAUGAGAAAAGAAACAAAUAGACACAAUGAUAAUGUUUAAACGCCUUUCUUCAGAUCAAACGAUCUUUCCGCGAAUAAGGUACUAUAAAUAUAAUGUUUCUCUACAGUUGUCCCGUAACGUCGAUAACGUCGAUGUCAGGCACAGUCUUUCUCAAGCACUGUCCUCUCAAACAUAUUAAAUAAUCCACAAUAAUCGUCACGCGCGAUGCCAUAAUGACAAUACCUAUCCUAUAAAUCCAUAGUUUAUGCCGACAAGAUCUUUUACAAGUAUCUUGCCACAUUUACAAAACGUCGAGAACCUAAAUAUACAAAAUAUAAAAACUUAACCUAAUCGCUCUUAACCGAAUUCCAUUUCCAACUUCAACUCCAACUCCAACUCCAACGAAUUCAAAAACUAACUCUAACUAAUUGUAAUGCUACAUAGCUACGUAAAUUUACAAAAUGAUAGUGAAUACAAAAUAUAUUACUCCCAAGAUUAAUUACAUAAACUGAAUAAUGAUACUAAAAAUCCAAAAAGAAAUAAUUAAUGAAUCUAAAGGUGCAAUCAGAAAACAGAAGGAAUUAUAAACAAUCGAAUGUGCAGAUGGUGAUAAAAUUACUAAGGUUACAGGAUGCAAAACAAACGAUAUCCAAACUAGCACUCUUACACGUUAUAAUAUCACGUGGAUGAAGAGCCUACUAGAGAAAAAGAGCUCUUUCUGUCUUCACAAGUCCGAUUCUUUUGAUUUCAUUUAAAAUUCUGGAUGGUGCAUUAUCUAGUCUAGUUGCUUUCAUAAGAUCCUAUGGCUCUUUCACUAAGAAUGUAUCUAAAGAUAAUGAAAGUUACUGUUUACCGGCCUGUAUAGUACUAAUGUGCUUAAUGCAGGAUAGGCAGAGCUGUACAUGCAUAAGCAAAGAAAACUUCGUUGCAACUAUGAGUUUCAGGCUUAAAGUGAUCAUCAGACAGCUAGUGUAUUUCUUACGAUAUAUCCUUAGCCAUAUCAAAUAAUUUCCAAGUAACUAAAAUCCUAUACCAUCAAAACUAAAUUAAAACUACGCAAACUUUGGGCUGGUGACCAAAUUUUUGUAGUAAAACAUGGAUUUCAAAUUCAUAAUUGAUAACAAGGAUAUAAAGCAUGGAUGUAAAAAUCCUUUCACUUAAAGUCUUUG